GUUUUGAGUGUGCCCCCCCUGGGUCAGGGGAAAUAAUAUAACCUAUAAAAUUUGAAACCAAAUUUUAAAUUUUAAAAACUAAAUACAUAUAAUUUUAAUAGACAAUACUUUGCUGGUAAAAAUUUCUGGAGUAAGCAAGAAGAAUAAACUUUCAUUAUGAAUAUAAUAAUGAAAACCGUUUCAAGGAAUUACAAUGUUGGGUUAUCUCCUAUUAGAAAUAUUCACAUAACCAAGGUACAAUACCUGUAUUCUCAGUCAGCUCUCGGUGUUGAUUCAUAUUUAAUCUCAAGGAAGAAUAUCAAAGAACAAUUUGCGCAAUUUUCUGAGAAUUUUAAGGCAAAAAUGAAUGACUUCGUUCAAAAUCCUAAGCAUAUGAUUUUUACUGAAGACUUAAAAAAUAUGGUACACAUGGCUGAACCUUCAGAUUUAAACUUGGUGCUGGAUAUGGUUAAAAAAUUUAACACACAGAAAACAGAAUUCCGAUUUGGGUCCUUUGUAUUUGGUCCAGUAGUGAUGAGGAUGUUCUACUUCCUUGAUGCACCUGUAGAUGCAAUUAAAAGUUUCGAAGAUCCUGCAAAUGAGGGUUUCUUUGAUCAAUUGAUCACAUAUCAAAUUUUACUUGAUUUGUUGUACAACCAUGCGAUGUAUGAAGAAAUGUACAAAAUAUUUGAUAAAAUACAAGAGCGUCAGUUGAAUAUGACAAAGUAUCCUAAGUAUCCAGUAGUGUUGGUGCUUGCUGCCUGCUACAAACAGAACACAGCGCAAAGUUAUGAAUAUGCGAAGAAAUUGUGGAAUGAGAUGAUGCAAGUGGGUUCUGUACCACUCAGGAGAGCUUGUACUUUAAUGGCUGCUUUAGCAUUGAAGAAUAAUGAGCCACACGUAGCUUUGGAAUGUGUCGCACUGCAAACUCCACACUAUGUUACAAUAAGGAAUAUUAAGGUAAUGGCAUUAUCUAAAAUUGAGAGGAUAGAUGAUGCAUUGCCCAUCCUGAGAGGAGUUCUGGAUGUUGACAGUCCAAGGAUGGAAAAACAUACAUUCUUUGAAGAAACUAUAUCAACAGUUAAAGAAGCUGUGAACAAAAGCAGCAACAAAGAUUACGUCAAACAGUUUGCGGAUAUACAGAAAGCUCUCAGGGAUCGUGGCCUCAUUGAUAACCAGACAUUGGACAAACUUGUGACAAGUGAAAUAAUAUUAUCACCGAAGGCUAAGAACCCAGCUAAGGGUAUGCCCAGAAUGCCCUACGGACAACGACAGAAAAGAAAUAUAAGCUAAUAAUUGUAUUUUUAAUAUGCAUCUGUGGAAAACGUUUCAUUUGUGGAAUAAAAAUGUUAAUGUUUAGAAAUACUAGCAAAAAGCGAAAGGACACACAAUGAUAAAUAAUAGACUGAAUGAUGAAGAAUAACAUAAAUUGUAGAUUUUUCUAUAAUAUUUAUCAUCCAAGUUAUUUAUCAUGGUUAGGUACAUUAAUAUUUUUGUUCCAUUUUAUUGUGGUCAUAAUAUAAGUUAGUACAAAAUUUAAAUAGAUUUUUAAAUGAAAUGUUAUUCACAUGCUGAACCAUUUGUAGAUUCAUUGAUAAUUUCUGUAAAUUAUGUGUGUUUUGUCUCGAGUGUUGUUUGAAUGAAUGAAUGUAUCAAUAAAAUAUUAAAUCAA